UUCUUAAUAUUUUAAUGACAAAAUCGAAAGACAACUGUUAAGCAACACGAAUAAGCAAAGCUUAGGCCCUGCUGCAGUUAACAACAAUUGAAUGCAAGCUCUGCACAUAUUUUUUAAUACAGCAACAAUUAAAAGAACAGUUACCAGUCGCAAGCAGCGAGUGUAGUACGCAUUGCGCAGGGGUUAAAGCAAAAGUAAGUAGGAUACUGAGAAAACGCAAUGGCUAAAUGGGGAGAGGGUGACCCACGUUGGAUUGUCGAGGAGCGACCUGAUGCCACCAAUGUCAACAACUGGCAUUGGACCGAAAAGAAUGCCACUCCCUGGUCGAAAGAACGUUUUCAACAGUUGUUUCUGGACUUUAAAAUAGCGCAAAAUGACAUGGACUGCGUGGUGGAGGCAGUGGACAAGUGCAACGGUGAGGCUACGGUGAACAAUCGCAAGGGCAAGCUGAUAUUCUUCUACGAAUGGGAGCUGGUGCUCAAGUGGUCCGGCUGUAUGCUGAAGAACAGCGCACUGAGCCACAAAGGCAAGCUGACCAUACCCAAUCUGUCGGAGGAGAAUGAUCUAAACGAGGUGGAAAUAACUGUUACUAUUGAUGAGUCUAAUGAUGAGUCCGAGACGCUCAAAAGAUUCAUGUACAAUGUGGGCCGUGAGCUUAUACGCAAGCAGCUGGGCGUCUAUAUCAAGGAGCUGAAGGAGGAAUACUCCAAGAACUUGAUACUACCAAAGAAGGGCGCCGAUGGCAGCGACGCUGACAAUAGCGAUGCCAAUAACCUCAAGAAUGCCGCCCAGAAGUCAAAGCUGCCCGCCACUGGAGCGUCGACGGUUGCCUCCAAAGCUGUGGGCAAGAGUGGGAACAAUAGCGUGGGCUGCAAGCUGGACGUGCGCACAUUGUCAAUGACCGAGGAGUUCCAUUGCAAUGCCAACGAUCUCUAUAAUGCGCUCACCAAGGCAGACAUGCUAACUGCAUUUACACGCGCGCCCGCCAAAGUGGACGCCGUGCGUGGCGGCGAAUUUGUACUUUACGGCGGCAAUGUGCUGGGCAAGUUCGAGGAGCUGGUGCCCGAGAAGAAAAUACAGCAGAGCUGGCGUCUGAAAAACUGGUCCUCGGGCCACUAUUCGAAUGUGAUCAUCGAACUGGAUGAAACGGCGUCCAGCACAAUGAUGACGCUCACGCAGACUGGCAUUCCCGCCUCCGAAUACGAUGCGAUGAGAACGAACUGGUAUCGAUACUAUUGGCACAGCAUCAAGCAGACAUUUGGCUUUGGCGCCUCCAUUGCCGAUGCCUUAUAAGAGCGGAUGCUUCGAUAGCAUCCAAACAUAGAGAGUUCCAAUUCAUUAUAGCUACAUCAAUUGCGCUGCCAGCCGUCCCGCCCCCUUUCCUCACUCUCAAUCACUCUCUCUCCUCUCUCUCUAGCUAUAAUUUCUGUUAACUUUUUGCAUAUGGUAUUAAACAAAAGCAUGUUUGUAGACGUUUGACGACAGCAGAGGCUGCAGCAGCAACAAUAACAGAUAAAACAAUAAGUCACACACACACACAUAAACACAUGCGACAUUGGUUUACACAUUAAAUGGCAAAUAAAUGAUCAAACAAAAUGAAA